ACCAAUUAAAUAGUUAAUACAAAAAAUACACAAUUUAGUGUACGACAAUAUUAUUAUUAUAGUAGUGAUUCGUAGCACGGUCGCAUGGACUACAAUCACCACAAUAAUAGUCAAUACCGGAUUAUUAGUUAUUACCACAAGACACACCGGGAACAGAGAACAGAGUCUGUUCAACAGACUCAAACGGAGUAACAGUCAACAGACCACGACGUAUUAUUUUGUUAUUACUUAUUAUCAAUUCUGUGCCAACCGUUCUAUAAAACCGCAGUCCGACGGCGGUACGCAGACGCGUCAGUUCAGUUCAGUACCACUGUUGCGGAAUCCAUUCUCCGACCGCGUACUAUCACCGAUUGUUGAUAACGCGCUUUGAAUUUCUGAUUAAGAAAAACCAAGACGUCCCGAGCUCUCGACCGACAGUCAAGUGACGACGUUCUGCCUUUUGCCUCACUCGAUUCUGCAGUACUGAAUAAACGACCGCAGUCCGCGAUAUUCCUGUUUCGCCACCUUGCAAUUUUUAUAGCCGCCCACACUGUCUCCGAGCACAAUACGAAAUACAAUAAUAGAUCGUCCGAAAAUGGUGGUGAAAGUGUACAUGUCCGGCAUAUCGGGUAACAAGGAGGUGAAGAAACGCCAACAGAGGGUCACCAUGAUAUUGGACAGCAAAAGUAUAUCGUACGAUUUGAUAGACAUCACCGAACCAGGGAAAGAGGACGAGAAGGCGUACAUGCAGAACAACAGCAAGACCAAGGAUGGUUCAAAAAAUGCUCUACCACCCCAGAUAUUUAACGACGAUGUUUACUGCGGGGACUAUGAUGAUUUUGAUACGGCUAAUGAAUUGGAUGAGUUGGAUAAAUUUUUUGAUAUUUCUACUAAAAGUCCUCCUAAAGAAUUAAAUGGCUCAACUACUGUGGAAAAUGUUAAAAAUGAAAGUACUAAUGAAGUCAAUGAUUCAAAUGAUGGAACUGUAAAAGAAAAUGUAAAUGAAGAACAACAAGAACCUUUGACUUCUGAUGACGAAGAUAGUGAUAAUGAAUCGCUUGACACACAGAACAAAUUGAAAGAAACAACAGGUCCAAAUUCCGUCCCACUUCCAGAUGAAACAAAUGUAUUAUUGGAUAUCCCAGAAACUAAAAAAGAUUUGUUAUCAGAAACCGAAGAAGAAAUUGAAGAGUGAGAUUUUUUAGUUACUCAACAUUUAAUAAACAAAAAUGUACAAAAUUACGAUAAUUUUUGAUUUGCUGCCUUUACUCUAACAAGUU